UCCAGGAGCCUAUCAGUCGAACCACAGGUCCUCCCCCCUCCGUCCGUCCGUCCGUCCGUCCAUCCAUCGCGCGCACAGCCCGGAUUGCAAGCAGGAGACAGGAAUCCUAACUUGUCGAAGAUGUCGUGGCGCAUUCAGAACCUGCCCGAUUCCCAGACGAAUCCCUCGGGCGCGGCGCCAGGAGGCGAAGGAGAACGAGACCGUGGCAGCAAGAAGUCAAAGUCAAAGUCCACGUCGGACGGGCGCGGCGCGAUCAAGAGGCUCAUAAAGGAGCUCGACGUGUGGCGGUCGGAGAAGAAGGAGGAGAGGGGCAUCGAGAGGUUGGGCCCCGUCGACGAUGAGGAUCUGUUGACGUGGGAGGCUGUUGUCAACGGGCGGGGGAUCGGGAACGGGUAUGAUGAGGGCCGCUGGCUCCUACACAUCCAGAUCCCGACAGACUACCCCAUCCGCCCGCCGACGAUACGCUUCGCGACGCCUGUGGUCCACGCCAACAUUGCGCUGCAGACGGGCGAGAUCUGCCUCGACCUGCUCAAGGACGCCUGGACGCCCGCCUACAGCGUCCUCGAGAGCGUGCGCGCCGUGCGCACGCUGCUCGCCUACCCGGAGACGGACUCGCCGCUCAACGUCGACGUCGCGGCGCUGCUGCGCGGCGGGGACGUGCUGGGCACGCGCGCGCUCGUUGAGUUUUGGUGCCGCGAUGACGAGGGGCGGUAUGAUGGGCCGUAG